GCCCCGCCCAAGAGGGACCUAUCUAAUGUCAGGCGGUAGCCGAAGCCACUUCCUUCCUCUUGGGGCAAGAUGGCGGGGGGUGAGGUUGGAGUGACUCUUGGGCAGCCGCACCUUUCCCGACAGGAUCUUGCUACUUUGGACGUUACGAAGUUAACGCCACUUUCACAUGAAGUUAUCAGCAGACAAGCUACGAUUAACAUAGGUACAAUUGGUCACGUAGCGCAUGGGAAAUCUACUGUUGUAAAAGCCAUUUCCGGUGUUCACACGGUCAGAUUCAAAAAUGAACUUGAAAGGAACAUUACAAUCAAGCUUGGAUAUGCUAAUGCUAAGAUUUAUAAACUUGAUGACCCAAGUUGUCCUCGGCCAGAAUGUUAUAGGUCUUGUGGAAGUGGAACACCUGAUGAGUUUCCUACAGAUAUUCCAGGAACUAAAGGAAACUUCAAAUUAGUCAGGCAUGUGUCCUUUGUUGACUGUCCUGGCCAUGAUAUUUUGAUGGCUACAAUGCUGAACGGUGCAGCAGUGAUGGAUGCAGCUCUUCUAUUAAUAGCUGGUAAUGAGUCUUGCCCUCAGCCUCAGACUUCAGAACACCUAGCUGCAAUAGAAAUCAUGAAACUCAAGCAUAUUUUGAUCCUACAGAAUAAAAUUGAUUUGGUAAAAGAAAGUCAGGCUAAAGAACAAUAUGAACAAAUUCUUGCAUUUGUACAAGGAACAGUGGCAGAAGGAGCUCCAAUUAUUCCAAUUUCUGCUCAACUUAAAUACAAUAUUGAAGUCGUCUGUGAGUACAUAGUAAAGAAAAUUCCAGUACCCCCACGAGACUUUACUUCAGAACCUCGACUCAUUGUUAUUAGGUCAUUUGAUGUCAACAAACCUGGCUGUGAAGUUGAUGACCUUAAGGGUGGUGUGGCUGGUGGUAGUAUUCUAAAAGGAGUAUUAAAGGUGGGCCAGGAGAUAGAAGUGCGACCCGGUAUUGUUUCCAAAGAUAGUGAAGGGAAACUUAUGUGUAAACCAAUCUUUUCCAAAAUUGUAUCACUUUUUGCGGAGCAUAAUGAUCUUCAGUAUGCUGCUCCAGGAGGUCUUAUUGGAGUUGGAACAAAAAUUGACCCUACUCUGUGCCGGGCUGACAGAAUGGUGGGACAAGUGCUUGGUGCUGUUGGAGCUUUACCUGAGAUAUUCACUGAGUUAGAAAUUUCCUAUUUCCUACUGAGACGCCUUCUAGGUGUACGCACUGAAGGAGACAAGAAAGCAGCAAAGGUCCAAAAGCUGUCUAAGAAUGAAGUGCUUAUGGUCAACAUCGGAUCCUUGUCAACAGGAGGGAGAGUUAGUGCUGUGAAGGCUGAUUUGGGCAAAAUUGUUUUGACUAAUCCUGUGUGCACAGAAGUAGGAGAAAAAAUUGCCCUUAGCCGAAGAGUUGAGAAACAUUGGCGCUUAAUUGGUUGGGGUCAGAUAAGAAGAGGAGUGACAAUCAAGCCAACCGUAGAUGAUGACUGAAAAAUCUCAGCUAAACAAUACAUUUGGAAGAGUUAGAACUUCUUUUAACAACUUAGAGGUAUAUUUUCAAAGCAAUAUUAGAGGAAUAAUUUCACAGCUCCUUCAUUUGAUAGGUAGCUGUAAGUUUAUUCUCAUUUUUGCAUGAUGAAAAGCUAACCUCCAGAACAAUAUAGGGUCUAUGAUAAGUGUAAAAAUUGGUAUACAAUUAGAUUGAACCUACAUUCUCACAGAGGUUAAAGCAUUCCAAAAUGUCUAAUUUAUACAGUCAGGAUGUUUAAAAUAACCUAUCAUAGAAUUUAUCUGAAAUGAAUUUUUUCUUUUUUAUGAAUUCUCUUUCAGUAGCUCAACAAUAAAGGACUUUUCUAGUAAAAACUGAUAGAUACAAAUUUUCCUUGAAGACUAGCUCCUUUUUGUUUGACUCUCAUAUUUUGUAUUAUUAUGUCUUUAAAAUUUUGAGCAAAAACAAUACAAACAGGCUCACAGGAGGUUGACUCCUAGAAUAUGAGUGCUCAUUCCCAUGGGCCUGAAGUUAGUCUUCCCCACUAGUAUGCCAGAUGAUUUUAAUGAACUCGUCAGGCUCUUUCCAGGAUUUACUCUCUGGUGGAUUUUGUUUUAGUGGAACUGGGGAUGGAGCCCUGGGCCUCUUGGCUGCUAUAAGCACUCUACUGUCUUCACCCCAGCCUUGGGUAUUGUUAGUUGAUAUGGUAAUGACAUCUGUAGACUGUAAUACAUGUUAAUCUUUGGCUUUGGACCUUGCAAAAGGUGAAAGAUGUUCAAAAAAUUGAGUGAGCCCUUUUGAUUUUUAUAUAUCAUUCUCCAUGCCCCUGAACUUUUCUUACACUGUGCUUUUAAGUUUUUACUUAUGUUUUCUGCUUUGCUACUCUGGUAGAACAAUGAUUCUCAAUUCCAGAUGACAUGAGAAUUGUUAGGGUAAGCUUUUACAAAACAGGGGGAAAAGUUGCUUUGAUGUAGUGUUCAGAUAUUGAUUCUAUUAAAAACAAGUUUUUAAAAGAAACAAGUUUAGAAAGUUAAGUAGGUAUAUUGAGUAAUGAAUUCUACUGAGGUUUAGUAAUUUGGUAAUCUUUAAUUUGCUUUAAAUUUUCAUUGAGAGGGGAAUUUAUACUACAGUUAAUAGUGUUCUCUUUCAGAUAUUGAUGCUGCCUUACAGGAGUUUAGAAGCUGUGGCUAUAGGUCAUUAUUUAAAUUUAAAUGUUUUGAGGUUGAAUACUGACAUGUACUUGAUAAACUUUGAAGGGUUGUAUUGUAGCAUGAAGACAUUUACAUAAAAUAAAUUCUUAACCAAACAUUAAUUUUUUAAAAACUAAUCUCACCAGAAUUGAAAAUAAAUGUCUUACAAUUCAUUUUAAGCAGCCAUGUGAAUUUCAGCAGUUUUGUAAAGCACUGUGCUUAAUGUAAUGGUUAUCCACAGGAGUGAAUGAAAACAAUGUACCUUAUGGUUGUGGUUGUCAACAGAAGAUGUUAUUUUAUUGAGAAAGUGCUCAUUAAUUGAUGUUACUGAUGAAAUUAAAUUGCAAAUAUAAAUUUUCUUGUCUCUACCCAGCAGCACAAUA